AUGGAUCGCUUCACAUGGCGAACCCAAGUCCUCUCGAAUCAUCUCAACCAACCUUCUAUGUCCUCGCCUCUCUCCCCCAACCCAUGCGUCGGCUUUUCUCCUCCUGAGCUCUCCGAGCCCUUCGAAUUCGAUACCAAGGAGAUGCGCAAGCUCCUGGACGCCCACAAUCUUGAGGACCGGGACUGGCUCUUCGGGCUGAUGAAGCAGAGCAAGCUGUUUAAUCCCAGAGAGGCCGGUGGCCGAGUGUUUGUCUCGCCUGACUACAACCAAAGCAUGGAGCAGCAGAGAGAAAUGACCAUGAAGCGAAUUGCCUACUUGUUGGAUCGUGGGGUUUUCGAAGGUUGGCUUACAGAGAAAGGGGUCGAAGCUGAGUUGAGAAAGCUUGCGUUGCAUGAGGUUAUUGGGAUUUAUGAUCACUCCCUUUCUGUGAAGCUCGGUGUCCAUUUCUUUUUGUGGGGUAAUGCCAUUCUGUUUUUUGGCACAAAGCGCCAUCACGACAAGUGGCUGAGGGAUACCGAGAAUUAUACAAUCAAGGGUUGCUUUGCAAUGUCAGAGUUGGGGCAUGGGAGUAAUGUUCGAGGAAUUGAAACAGUCACCACUUAUGAUUCAAAUACUGGAGAAUUUGUCAUUAAUACUCCUUGUGAAUCAGCUCAGAAGUAUUGGAUUGGAGGAGCAGCUAAUCAUGCCACACACACAAUAGUCUUUUCACAACUCAACAUAUCUGGGAAAAACCAAGGUGUCCAUGCUUUUAUAGCCCAGAUCCGGGAUGCAAACGGUAACAUCUGUCCAAACAUUCGUAUUGCUGACUGUGGUCAUAAAAUUGGGUUAAAUGGUGUUGAUAAUGGUCGAAUAUGGUUUGACAACGUUCGAAUCCCCAGGGAAAAUUUGUUAAAUUCAGUGGCUGAUGUUUCUCCAGAUGGGCAAUAUCUGAGUGCAAUAAAAGACCCAGAUCAGAGAUUUGCAGCAUUCUUGGCUCCAUUAACAUCUGGUCGUGUAACAAUAGCAGUUGGUGCAAUUUACUCAUCACAGAUAAGUUUAGCAAUAGCCAUAAGGUACUCACUGACAAGGCGGGCCUUUUCUGUUACGCCAAAAGGGCCUGAAGUCCUAUUGCUCGACUACCCUAGUCAUCAACAGCGGCUUUUGCCUCUUCUUGCAAAGACAUAUGCUAUGAGUUUUGCUGCAAAUCACUUAAAAAUGAUCUAUGUUAAGCGUACGCCUGAGUUGAGCAAAACCAUCCAUGUUGUUUCUAGUGCAUUCAAGGCUACACUGACCUGGCAUAACAUGCGAACUCUUCAGGAAUGCCGCGAAGCCUGCGGAGGGCAAGGUCUGAAGACUGAAAACCGUAUUGGUCCUCUCAAAGGUGAAUAUGAUGUGCAGUCCACUUUUGAGGGGGACAACAAUGUUCUGAUGCAGCAGGUCAGCAAAGCACUUCUUGCGGAGUAUAUAGCAGCUCAAAAGAGAAGUAAACCAUUUAAAGCUUUGGGGUUAGAACACAUGAAUAAACCUUGUCCUGUCAUUCCAUCUCAACUUACAAGUUCUACCCUCCAGAGUAGCCAAUUCCAGAUGGAUGCUUUCUGCUUAAGAGAGCGAGAUCUACUGACUCGCUUUGCUAUGGAAGUGUCAGAACGUCAAAAACAGGGAGAAAGCAAAGAAUACUCUGUCAUUCUGAGUUAUCAACUUGCCCAAGAUCUGGGCAGAGCUUUCUCAGAUCGAACAAUAUUGCAAACCCUCCUAGAUGCUGAGGCAGGUGUACCUUCUGGUUCAUUGAAGAAUGUCUUAGCUAUGUUGAGGUCCAUGUAUGCAUUGAUUUGCCUGGAAGAAGACCCGGCGUUCCUCCGAUUUGGGUACUUAUCAACUGAUAAUGUUGCUGCUGUGAGGAAAGAAGUAAGCAGACUGUGUGGUGAACUGCGACCACAUGCACUUGCCUUGGUCAGUUCCUUUGGCAUCCCUGAUGCUUUUCUGAGUCCUAUAGCUUUUAACUGGAUUGAUGCAAAUUCGUGGUCUUCAGUUCAGCACUAG